AUGCGGCCGGUCGGAGCUCCUUUGGAGCCGAAAGUCAAGCACCAUACGCAGCAUUAUAUCAGAACGACUCCAGGCCCACCUGUGUGUUCGCGACCAAGGCGACUAGCACCUGACCGUCUUAAAAUUGAGAAACAGGAGUUUGAAGAAAUGGUACGUACGGGUAUUGCGCGCAGGUCUGAGAGCUCAUGGUCGUCAUCUCUCCAUUUAGUGCCUAAAAAAGGCGAAGGUUGGCGACCCUGUGGGGAUUACCGUGCACUCAAUGUUCGCACAAUACCAGAUCGAUACCCAGUACGCCAUAUUGCUGACUUUUCACUCAAUCUAUUUAAUUGUAAAAUUUUUAGUAGAUUGGACUUAGUUCGAGCGUACCAUCAAAUACCGGUUGCGAUUGAGGAUGUAGAGAAAACCGCUAUUACGACACCCUUCGGACUAUUUGAGUUCCCACUGAUGAAUUUUGGGCUUAGGAAUGCUGCCCAAACCUUUCAGCGUUUCAUGGACAAGGUCAUCAGGGGUCUCGAGUUCUGCUUUGCGUACAUCGAUGACGUAUUAGUUGCUUCCGCUAAUGAAGUGGAGCACCAGGAACAUUUAUGUGCGGUAUUUUCGCGUUUUAGCGAAUACGGUAUUUUAUUAAAUACAAACAAGUGCGUAUUCGCCGUGCCGCAGGUGGAGUUUCUGGGCUACCUGGUUUCUUCAGAAGGGACUAAACCGGUUGGUGAUAAGGUGAAGGCUAUUCUUGACUUUCCCCUACCUAAAACUAUUAGGGAUCUUAAGCGGUUUUUAGGAGCAUUAAAAUUUUAUAGACGCUUUAUACAGGAUGUUGCCAAGCUUCAGGCUCCUCUCCAUGCACUACUUAGUGGUCCAUCGGUGAAGAGCAACAGCAACCUUAACUGGACUGCUAACCUAGAAAGCGCUUUUAAUGCUUGCAAAGCAAGCAUUGCUAACGCCGCUCUUCUAGCUCAUCCAGAUUCGUCUGCUCCGUUGGUCAUAGUAACUGACGCAUCCAAUUCCGCUAUUGGUUCAGUCUUGCAGCAGAAGUUGCUAGGUCAUUGGCAGCCGUUAUGA